ACGUCUUUGAUUGCAUUGAUUCUUAUCAUUCAUUUUAUGAACGAAAACUGGCCAUGACUCAUUUUUUAUCUUUCUAGGUACAGAAGAAAAAUUGUCCACGAAUCAAAGGGACUACUUACUGUUUCUAGUUGAGAUGUACAAUUAUUGGGUACCACCAUUAGAAACCAAUGCGUGUGUCCAUCAUGGUAUUUUUAUAUACCUACACAGCAGAUCAGUAUAUCAAAACAAACAUGGAGAUCAAGGGGAGUAUGAAUUCAAUUCUCCUACAUAUGAAGUUUGAUUUUAUAGUUGGGUAUUCCACAGUCUUUCUCAUGGCAAUAAUAGCGUUGUGGCUGAAAAAAUAUAGAAGUGAUAGGCAUAGACUCCCUCCAGGACCCAGAGCGCUCCCAAUAAUAGGCCAUUUUCAUCUCCUAAUAGACAAGCAAAAGCCCUUUCAUAGAAUUCUUGAUUCACUCUCAAAACUUUAUGGACCCAUUAUGCAUCUCAGAUUUGGUAGCCGCCCAGUUUUGAUUAUCAGUUCUUCAGAGCUAGCCAAAGAAUGUUUUACAGUAAAUGAUUUAGCUUUUGCUUCUAGGCCUCGUCUUUCUCAAGGAAAACAUCUGGGUUAUGAUUUUAUGUUUAUGGGUUGGGCUCCAUAUGGGUCUUACUGGAGAAACGUUAGAAAAAUAUGUGCUCUUGAGCUUCUUUCUUCUAAACAGAUCCAAACAUACCGACCCAAGAGAAUGAGGGAGAUUUCUAAAACUCUGAGUUGUCUGUUUCAACAGGCUCAGAUGAAAUCCACAGUUAAUAUGAGAACUGUUUUGUCCCAGAUGACUUUGAAUAUUCUGAUGAGCAUAAUAAUGGGUGAUCAGUAUUUCGGAGAGGAAGUGGGGAUGUCAUUUGCAGAAAUUGCACAUCUGAUUGAAGAGUCUUUUGUGCUGCAUGGGGCUGUCAAUAUUGGGGAUUAUAUUCCCUGGUUGAAGUGGCUUGAUUUGCAAGGGUACGAGAGGGCUAUGAAGAAGGUACAGGGGAAACUCAAUCCUUACAUGCAGAGAAUAGUGGAGAAGCACCGGGAAAACCCACCAACAGAGAAGGAAGACAUGGACUUCAUAGAUGUGCUCAUCUUGCAGGCUGAGGAGAAUAGUGAUGCAAUCCCUGACAAAGAUACCUUCAUCAAAGCCAUUGCUGUGAAUAUUUUUAUUGCAGGUUCGGACACUUCUUCACUUUCUUUAGAAUGGGUAUUGUCCUUAUUAAUAUUGCAUCCCAACAUAAUGAAGAUGGCCCAAGCGGAGCUUGAUUUCAAAAUUGGAAAAAGUAGACUAGUAGAAGAGUCAGACAUACCACAAUUAACAUACUUGCAAGCAAUAGUUAAGGAGACAAUGCGUCUUUUUCCAGUUGCACCUUUACUUGCACCACAUGAAUCUAUUAAAUCAUGCACAAUUGGAGGCUUUCAUAUUCCAGCAAGAACAAUACUAAUGGUAAAUGCAUGGGCAAUUCAUAGAGACCUAAGAAUUUGGAAUCAACCACUAGAAUUCAUACCAGAGCGUUUCUUGGAGAAAAAUAUAGAGAUAGAGAGCAUAAAAACUUUAGUGAAUGAAUUUGAGAUGUUUCCUUUUGGGGUAGGAAGAUGAGCAUGUCCUGGUGCCUCUUUGGCAAUGUGUGUGGUGCAUAUAACUCUUGCAAGGUUGCUUCAAGGCUUUGAUUGACUUCUUCCUGAUGGUAAAUCCCUUGAUAUAAAUGAAGGAGUUGGUUUGUCAAUGCCAAAAGUAGUACCUUUGGAGGUUGUUAUUAAAAAUCGCCUUCCCCCUCAUCUAUACCUCAAUUCUAUUGAAUAAUAAGAUUCAAUGUAGAAUCUUUUAAUGUAUUUGUGAACUUUAGUAUACAAUAAAGGUCCUUUUCUUUCUCUUUA